AUGACGGAGGUGCUGAUCGGGCGCGACCUGUCACGGGCCGCACUGGACGCGGGCACCGAGAACAGCCUGAAGAACGGGGCACCGCGUUCUGAGUUCUUCCUGAUGACCGGCGACAAGAUGAUCAAUUUGAAUCACAGAGUAUCACCGCGCUACGCUGAGAUGAACUUCGAGCAGCUGCCACCGACUACAGAAAGAGCAGAAAUACGGACACCGAAAGGCCCAUUCCGGGAUUUUCCAUCUGCAAUGCAAGAGAAAGCAAGAACAAGGAGAUUCAACGUGGAGUCUGCUGUACCGGCGUCGCAGUCCGAGAAUGGCUUACAUGAGGAGGAUAUUCAGGAUAUUGGGAAUAACGAGCAGAAUUCUUCGGUGACGGUGAAUUUGGAUAGGAAUAAUUUAAAUGGCGCAGCAGAUGCAAACGGAUCUAUAGCGACUUUUUCGAGUGCACUUUCCUCGCACUGCAGCAACUCCACAGCUGCACAGAGCCCAAAGAUUGAGCGUCUCACUACUGAGUUUGUGAGACCGGCAAAAGCAAGCAGAACUGAGACAUGUGUUCUGUACAAAAUCCUCUGCACUGCGUUCCCCUAUUCAGACUAUGACAGAAGAUCGGAUACUGGCACAGAGGCAUGCACACGACUUGCGAAACGUUUGUUUACAUUGGAUGGCUUCAGGAAAGAAGAUGUCGCUGCACAUUUAUCAAAAAUGAAUGAAUUUGGAAUAUCGGUUGCUGAAGAGUACUGUGCUUUGUUCAAUUUUUCUGGAAUCCGUUUGGAUGCGGCUAUGCGUGACUUCCUUUCGAGGUUUUGCCUAACUGGUGAAACGCAAGAAAGGACUCGUAUUGUCGAACAUUUCGCAAAGCGCUAUCAUGAAUGUAAUCCAGCACUUUUUAGAAGCUCUGGUAGGUGA